UGUCAGGUGGAUAACGUGUGGCAGACGUUACCUGUCAAAUUAGUCAAUGGCACCUUGAACGUGAGUAGGAGUGGAGACUACGUGGUCCUGGUGACAGAUUUUGGGCUCUCUGUUUCAUAUGACGUUGAUCACUCAGUGGAAGUGAAAGUGCCGAGUACAUAUUUCAAUCAGACUUGCGGUAUGUGCGGCAACUACAAUGGAAUGAGAAAGGAUGAUUACAUGAAACCUGAUGGAGAACAAGCCAAAGAUUCAAAUGAGUUUGGAAAUAGCUGGAAGGUGCCACCGGAAGAACCAGGUUGUGACCCAGUCGAACCUGCGAAGUGUGAGCCUGAUGAGGAGAAACUUUACCAAAGUGAUGCCUUCUGUGGUCUGAUCACCAGUCAACAAGGUCCAUUUGCACAGUGCCACUCUGUAGUAAAUCCCAAUGGAUUCUUUGAAAGCUGUGUUGUUGAACUGUGUCUGUUGGCUGGAAGCCAAGAUGCUCUGUGCGAUACCCUCAAAAUCUACGCACAUGCGUGUCAAAGUGCAGGAGUGACCAUUGCACCUUGGAGAAACUCCACUUUCUGUCCUGUUUCCUGUCGAGCCAAUAGCCAGUACAGUCUAUGUGGCAGUGCUUGUCCAGCCACAUGUACAGACCGAUUUGCUCCAGAGAACUGCAGCAAGCCAUGUGUGGAGGACUGCGUGUGUAACAUUGGGUUUGUUCUCAGUGGAAGCACGUGUGUGCCCGCUCAGAACUGUGGCUGCAUCCACAACGACAAAUACUACGAAAAAGGAGCAACGUUCUGGGAAGAGGGAUGUCUCCAGCGGUGUCGAUGUACUGGAAAUAACCACGUAGUAUGUGAAGCAGCGUCUUGUGGACCAGCGGAAAUUUGCAAAGUGCAGGAUGGAAAUUUGGGAUGUUACCGGGCAGACACUGCGAAGUGCCACAUUUACGGGGACCCGCACUAUACGACGUUUGAUGGGAAACUGUAUCACUUCCAGGGUACUUGCAAUUAUACUGUGACUGAGACUUGUGGAAAUACAUCUGUUCGUUUCUCGGUGACAAGCAGGAAUGAACACAGAGGCAACCCAACAUGGUCUAUGAUUAAUUCCAUUGCUCUCCAGUUUGCUGACAUUCAUAUUGCAGUGAGGAAAAAUAACCUUGUUUAUGUUGAUGGAGUGAAGGUUGAGCUCCCUGUGACACCCCAUUCUUCAGUAAGCGUAUCAAUGGUAGGAUCGUUUGUCAUCGUCCAGACCAACUUUGGUGUUCAGCUGAAGUUUAAUGGUGAU